UACAUUAGCGGACCCGGUCCGAUCAAGGCAGCAGUGUGGCUGGAGCAGCCUCCAGACUCGCGCCCCGCAGACGCUGCACUUGGAGUCAGCCCCGCGCCCGCCCCCGCGCAGCCCGAACUGCACGCCCUGCUGCGCGUGGUCCGCACAUUCGCUGCGACCAAACGCCCGCCCGCCCGCCCAGUUCUCCCGCCGACUCCCGCGGUCCUCUGUCUCAGAGAAGUCCCGAACUCGACCGGGACGCUCUCCACCGCCCUACUAGAUCGCUCUACUUUAUUCGGGGUACAGGGUGGAGAGGGGUGAGACGGAAGAGAGGACACCCGGAGCUGUGGCAGCCGGAGCCUAGAUAAAGUGGCAUGCUGGACCCCUGGAGGCGGAGGUGGCGGAGGACGGAGGAAGACGAUGCCGCGGCUCCGUAGGGGACGUAGGCGACUACAGGCAAGGCGAGCAGGGCGCUUGGGCGCCGGCAAGCUGCCGGGAGGUGCGCACCGCUCUGAGGUUCUGGCCUCAGCUUCCCGGAGCUCCGACACAGCCAGAGACAUAGCUGGAUUGCAGCAGCCACCGCCGCCACCUGGAGGACCGAGCAAAAGUUUGGAUCUGGGGGAGGGCUUUGCGCUGAGCGGGAUCACCAGCAGGGCUGGAGAGAGACCUGGAAAACCUUAGCAGGUUCCAGACUCUGUUUAACCAAGAAAUUCCUAGGCUGCUCUGCACUGGCCUGACUUCCUAUAGAAGAAGCAAGAUUUGCCAGACGGGCUGGACUUCAGUUGACCAUACUUACCACUUGGCCACACUCUUCUCCUGUGUGGGAAAUCCUCGCUGUUGAGUUGUUUUGCCCAUGGAGGACGGCCGCAGGAGGGCGACAUAGGCAGAUCAGACUGAACACAUCAGGAAGAUACUUUUACCAUCUGCCUUCAGGUCAUUUCCUGGGACAGAAGCUCUAGACUUUGACAGAAUCUGCUUCAGCCAUUUUGAUUUUGCUUCCUGGAAUUUUUGUUACUAUUAUUUGCCGUUGCCUUUGCUUUUAGUCCCCCCCCCCAUCACUUUGUAUUUUAUUUCCGUCCUUCAGCAAUGGGCCUGCAGACUACAAAGUGGCCCAGCCAUGGGGCUUUUUUUCUAAAACUUUGGCUUAUCCUUUCCCUGGGGCUCUCCUCACAAGUGUCCAAACUCCUGGCCUGCCCUAGCGUAUGCCGUUGUGACAGGAACUUUGUCUACUGUAAUGAACGAAGCUUGACCUCAGUGCCUCUUGGGAUCCCGGAGGGCGUAACCGUACUCUACCUCCACAAUAACCAAAUUAAUAAUGCUGGAUUUCCUGCGGAGCUGCACAAUGUGCAGUCAGUGCACACGGUCUACCUGUAUGGCAACCAGCUGGAUGAAUUCCCCAUGAACCUUCCCAAGAACGUCAGAGUCCUCCACCUGCAGGAAAACAACAUCCAGACCAUCUCGCGGGCGGCUCUCGCUCAGCUCCUGAAGCUGGAGGAGCUUCACCUAGAUGACAACUCCAUAUCUACAGUGGGGGUGGAGGACGGAGCUUUCCGAGAGGCGAUUAGCCUCAAGCUGUUGUUCUUGUCGAAGAACCACCUGAGCAGCGUGCCUGUUGGGCUUCCUGUGGACUUGCAAGAGCUGCGAGUGGAUGAAAACCGAAUCGCAGUGAUAUCAGACAUGGCCUUUCAGAACCUCACAAGCUUGGAGCGUCUGAUUGUGGAUGGGAACCUCCUGACCAACAAGGGCAUUGCUGAGGGCACCUUCAGCCAUCUCACCAAGCUCAAGGAGUUUUCCAUAGUCCGUAACUCGCUCUCCCACCCACCUCCUGAUCUCCCAGGUACGCACCUGCUCAGGCUCUACCUGCAGGAUAACCAGAUCAACCACAUCCCAUUGACAGCCUUCGCAAACCUCCGUAAGCUGGAACGGCUAGAUAUAUCCAACAAUCAGCUACGAAUGUUAACUCAAGGGGUCUUCGAUCAUCUAUCCAACCUGAAACAACUCACUGCUCGGAAUAACCCUUGGUUUUGUGACUGCAGUAUUAAAUGGGUCACCGAAUGGCUCAAAUAUAUCCCGUCUUCUCUUAACGUGCGUGGUUUCAUGUGCCAAGGUCCUGAGCAAGUACGCGGAAUGGCUGUCAGGGAGCUGAAUAUGAAUCUUCUAUCUUGUCCCACCACCACCCCUGGACUGCCUGUCUUCACCCCAGCUCCAACUACGGUCUCUCCAACAACUCAGUCUCCUACUCCCUCUGUUCCAAGCCCCAGCAAAGGCUCUGUGCCUCUAGCUCCUACCCCAUCGAAACUCCCCACCAUCCCUGACUGGGAUGGCAGAGAAAGAGUGACCCCACCUGUUUCUGAAAGGAUCCAACUUUCCAUCCACUUUGUGAACGAUACGUCGAUUCAAGUCAGCUGGCUGUCUCUCUUUACUGUGAUGGCGUACAAACUGACCUGGGUGAAAAUGGGUCACAGUCUCGUAGGGGGAAUUGUUCAGGAACGAAUUGUCAGUGGUGAGAAGCAACACCUGAAUCUGGUUAAUUUAGAGCCCAGGUCCACCUAUCGGAUUUGUUUAGUGCCAUUGGAUGCGUUCAACUACCGCACUGUGGAGGAUACCAUCUGUUCCGAGGCCACUACCCAUGCCUCUUAUUUGAACAAUGGCAGUAACACUGCUUCUAGCCACGAGCAGACAACUUCCCACAGCAUGGGCUCCCCUUUUCUGCUGGCGGGCUUAAUUGGGGGCGCAGUGAUUUUUGUGCUCGUGGUUUUGCUCGGAGUAUUUUGCUGGCACAUGCACAAAAAGGGACGCUACACCUCCCAGAAGUGGAAAUACAACAGGGGCCGACGGAAAGAUGACUAUUGUGAGGCAGGCACCAAAAAAGACAACUCCAUCCUGGAGAUGACGGAAACCAGUUUUCAGAUUGUCUCCUUAAAUAACGAUCAGCUCCUUAAAGGAGAUUUCAGACUGCAGCCCAUCUAUACCCCAAAUGGGGGCAUUAAUUACACAGACUGCCACAUCCCCAACAACAUGCGAUACUGCAACAGCAGUGUCCCGGAUCUGGAGCAUUGCCAUACGUAACAGCCAGAGGUCCAACGUCAGAAAAAGUGGACAACCAAACUCUCAAGAACACACAUGAGUGUGCACAUAAAGACACGCAAAUUACAUUUGAUAAAUGUUACCCAGAUGCGUUUGUGCAUUUGAAUACUCUGUAAUUUAUACGGUGUACUAUAUAAUGGGAUUUAAAAAAAAAGUGCUAUCUUUUCUAUUUCAAGUUAAUUACAAACAGUUUUGUAACUCUUUGCUUUUUAAAAUUAAAAAAAAAUUGUUGCUGAAGUACUGUACUGGGUUGUACAAUGAGGACCCAAUGCCAAGGCAGAAGAAUGAGUGAUUCAUAUUUAAGAUGCAUAUUAACCACUUUGCUGUUGAAGCUGUCAGAAUAAAUUCCUUCUCUAUAGCUGAUAGUCAUAGGAAAGGAUAGAUUCAGAUGGGCUCAUCAGGGUAAGAGGGAUAGUUUGAGUAAAGAAAGAAUGACCUAGUUAUUCCUGUUUCCUAUACCUCUUGGCCUGGAAGAAACACUGUUUGAAAACUCCAUAAUAUAGUAAUAGAGGUAGUUAUUCCAAUUUGACCCAGUACAAGAAAUAGAACAUCAUGAGGAAUCCAGUUCCCAUGAGAUAAGUUAGGCCUACUUGACCAAAUCAAAGAAACUGAGAGGUUUGAAAUGUCCUUAAAACCCCAGGGUUGGCUUUCUGACUGUGAACUUCAAAAUCACUCUUCAUGCUUCCCUGGCCUUAUGUGAUAAUAGAGAUGGAAACCUGAGUCUGAUUCUAGUCAUCUUCAGGGACCAAUAUGAUCAGUUCUAGCAAGAAAAUUCCCCCUCAAAACUGUCACUAUUCAAAUAACAUGUCAGGUGGAAGUAUAUCCAAUAGAGUUAUAUUCUAGAAUAAUUUUUUAGAAGAGGCUAAUAAAAAUAACGGGAAGAAUUAUAUUGAAUGGAAUUAUUUUUGAUAAUGAAAAUUAUUUGGGUAGAUUCACUGAGGCUAUAUCAACAUGGUGUUUAGACCAACAAAGAACAGUGUUUGGACUAUAUUAACAGUAAUGUGUUUAUUUAAAAAGUACUAAUACCACUUAGGAAAAACAAUCAGUGAUUCUCUUACACUGUAUCACCUGACUUUGUUAGGAUCAUGUUGAAACAGCUUGAGUUAAUACCUAUAUCCCCUCUCAAAUUCUUGUCUUCCAAUCAUCUUGCGUAUAUUUUUUGUAAUUAAGUUGUAUAUUCCCCCUUUGUUUCCCCUCCACCACCUCUGCUUAGUAAUUCAAAGAAAUUGUGGAUGUGAAACUUGGUUGCACAAAUGAUCCCUGUGUAUUUCCUAUAUAUUAAAAUUCAUAUGAAUAUUCA